GAACCUGGGCCUCCAGGCUAUUCCCCCAGAGCCCCGGAGCGCGAAGCAGGCGGGUGCCGGGCUGAGACUGGCGGACGAGGGAGGAAGGCAGCGAUCGGAGUCGCGUGCGCCAGCUUGCAGCUCUUGGGGUCCCGAGUCCCGGCCAGGCCCGGUCAUCACCACUCUCGGAGUGCCUGUUGGAGGGACUGUGCGCCCGCGAGCCGUCGGGGAUCACAGCUACUCGGCUGGAGUCCAGGGCCGAGUCCGCGCGACGGCCCACGCGGGACAGGUCUCUGGAUGAGAAGAAGCUGACGGCAACGGGGCCCCACCUUCUCUGUGUGUGGAGGAGCAGGGCUACACAGCCCCUGUGGCACCCAUGCCGAAGAACAGCAAAGUGACCCAGCGUGAGCACAGCAACGAGCAUGUCACCGAGUCAGUGGCCGACCUGCUGGCCCUUGAGGAGCCUGUGGAUUAUAAACAGAGUGUCCUGAACGUGGCUGGAGAGACAGGUGCCAAGCAGAAGGUGGUGGAGGAGGAGCUGGAUGCAGAGGACCGGCCAGCCUGGAAUAGCAAGCUUCAGUACAUCCUGGCCCAGAUCGGCUUCUCUGUGGGCCUUGGCAACAUUUGGAGAUUCCCCUACCUGUGCCAGAAAAAUGGAGGAGGUGCCUACUUGGUGCCUUACCUGGUGCUGCUGAUCAUUAUUGGCAUCCCGCUUUUCUUUCUGGAGCUGGCUGUGGGCCAGAGGAUCCGUCGUGGCAGCAUUGGUGUAUGGCACUACGUGUGCCCCCGCCUGGGGGGAAUCGGCUUUUCCAGCUGUAUUGUUUGCCUCUUUGUUGGGCUGUAUUAUAAUGUGAUCAUUGGAUGGAGUAUCUUCUACUUCUUCAAGUCCUUCCAGUACCCACUACCCUGGAGCGAAUGUCCUGUCAUCAGGAAUGGGACCACGGCAGUGGUGGAAGCAGAGUGUGAGAAGAGCUCAGCCACUACGUACUUCUGGUAUCGAGAGGCCUUGGACAUCUCCAACUCCAUCUCAGAGAGUGGAGGCCUCAACUGGAAGAUGACAUUGUGCCUCCUGGUGGCCUGGAGCAUCGUGGGCAUGGCUGUCGUCAAAGGCAUCCAGUCCUCAGGCAAGGUGAUGUACUUCAGCUCUCUCUUCCCCUAUGUGGUGCUGGCCUGCUUCCUGGUCCGGGGACUGCUGCUGCGAGGAGCAGUUGAUGGUAUCCUGCACAUGUUCACUCCUAAAUUGGACAAGAUGCUGGAUCCACAGGUAUGGCGAGAGGCAGCCACACAGGUCUUCUUCGCCCUGGGACUGGGCUUUGGUGGUGUCAUUGCCUUCUCCAGCUACAACAAGCAGGACAACAACUGCCACUUUGACGCCGCUCUGGUGUCCUUCAUCAAUUUCUUCACUUCGGUGUUGGCUACCCUGGUGGUGUUCGCUGUGCUGGGCUUCAAGGCCAACAUCAUGAACGAGAAAUGUGUGGUGGAGAAUGCCGAGAAAAUCCUUGGGUACCUCAACUCCAAUGUCCUAAGCCGGGACCUCAUUCCACCCCAUGUCAACUUCUCCCACCUGACCACCAAGGACUACGCGGAGAUGUACAACGUCAUCAUGACUGUGAAGGAAGAACACUUCUCAGACCUGGGCCUAGAUGCGUGCCUCCUAGAAGAUGAGCUGAACAAGUCUGUACAGGGCACAGGCCUGGCCUUCAUCGCCUUCACAGAGGCCAUGACACACUUCCCUGCCUCACCAUUCUGGUCUGUCAUGUUCUUCCUGAUGCUCAUCAACCUGGGCCUGGGCAGCAUGAUCGGGACCAUGGCAGGCAUCACCACACCCAUCAUCGACACCUUCAAGGUGCCCAAGGAGAUGUUCACAGUGGGCUGCUGUGUCUUUGCAUUCUUCGUGGGGCUGUUGUUCGUCCAGCGCUCCGGAAACUACUUUGUCACCAUGUUUGAUGACUACUCGGCCACCCUGCCACUCACUGUCAUCGUCAUCCUUGAGAACAUUGCUGUGGCCUGGAUCUAUGGAACCAAGAAGUUCAUGCAGGAGCUGACGGAGAUGCUGGGAUUCCAACCCUACCGCUUCUACUUCUACAUGUGGAAGUUUGUGUCUCCCCUGUGCAUGGCCGUGCUUACCACAGCCAGCAUCAUCCAGCUGGGGGUGACCCCCCCGGGCUACAGUGCCUGGAUCAAGGAGGAGGCUGCAGAGCGCUACCUGUAUUUCCCUAACUGGGCCAUGGCACUGCUGGUCACCCUCAUCGUUGUGGCAACCCUGCCCAUCCCCGUGGUGUUCAUCCUGAGACAUUUCCACCUGCUGUCUGAUGGCUCCAACACCCUCUCCGUGUCCUACAAGAAGGGCCGCAUGAUGAAGGACAUCUCGAACCUGGAAGAGAACGACGAGACCCGCUUUAUCCUCAGCAAGGUGCCCAGUGAGGCGCCCUCCCCCAUGCCCACCCACCGCUCCUAUCUGGGACCCGGCAGCACAUCGCCCCUAGAUACCAGCGGCAACCCCAAUGGACGCUAUGGAAGCGGCUACCUCCUGGCCAGCACCCCUGAGUCAGAGCUGUGACCACGACCCCCAUGCUGCCCUUUUCCCCCCUGCCUACCCGCUCCUCCCACUUGUCUGGGCCUACCCUCUUCAUCCAUGGUGGCCAUCAGGUCUAGGCCAGGCCCUCUGCCAAGCACAGAGGGUCCACCUGGCCGCACUCCCCACCCAUGCCCCCGGCAUUCUGCUCCCUCAUUUUGAGCAGGAAGCUGGGCACAG